AUGUCAGAAAUCAAUGCAUUAGCAUUUGUUAAAAUGUUUCUUCAUCUAGCUAAAUAUCCUGAAUUGGCUGUGAAUGGUGUUUUAUUAAGUAGUCGAACUGAUUCUACAAAUGAAGAAGUUGAUUCAUCAUCAUAUUUGCAUUUUGUUGAUUGUAUUCCAUUAUUUCAUGGUGUUCUUUCAUUAUCCCCUAUGCUUGAAAUAGCAUUAUCACAAAUUGAUGCUUAUUGUUCAACACAAAAUUUAACUAUUGCCGGUUAUUAUCAUGCCAAUGAAAAUUAUUCCGAUACAAAUCCUAAUUUUACGGCUUUAAGAAUAAUGGAAAAAAUUAAAGAAAAUAAUCCAAAUACUCUUUUAUUUAUGAUUGACAAUAGUCUUGUUAAUUUAAGUGAAAAUGAUCGGUUUUAUAAUGUAUUUACAUUGGCCGAUAAAAAUUUGACAAAUGUCAAUGAUUCACAUAUCGUCAUUGAUGAAUGUCGUUUGGCUGCAUUAAAUCUUCUUAAUCAUAAGCAACAUCGUCAAUUAAUUGAUUUUGAUAAUCAUUUAGAUUCGAUUUCUAAUGAUUGGCGUAAUCCAAAUAUCAAUAAUGAACUACAAUCGUCAUCUUUUUAG